CAUUGUCGACAUAAUGGUAGAGGACGAACUGGCCCUGUUCGAUAAAAGCAUAAAUGAAUUUGGGAGCAAAUUCAGAAGCUCCCUCAGUGACACGCCUUGUCAGAUGGUGGGGCUGAGAGAGGCCUGCAAGGACUCCGUCAAGUUACUGACAGAAAAACUGUUUGUGAAGUUAAAGGAAGAAGAACGAAUGGUUGAGAUGUGCCUGGAAUAUAAAAACCAGAUCAACAGACAGAAUAAGUUGAUUCAAGAAAAAAAAGAUAACUUGUUAAAAUUGGUUGCUGAAGUGAAAGACAAAAAACAGAAAUUAGAAGAACUUCAAGCAAAUAUCCAGGAUCUUAAGGAAGAAUAUUCUAGGAAAAAGGAAACCAUCGCCACUGCUAACAAAGCAAAUGAAGAGAGACUGAACACGCUACAGAAAUCUGCCGACUUGUACAGAGAUCGUCUUGGCCUGGAAAUUCGAAAAAUACAUGGUGAUAAAUUGCAGUUUAUUUUCACUAAUAUUGACCCUAAGCAUCCUGAGAAGCCUUUUUUUUUUUCCCUGUGUCUGAAUGAAGCAAGGGACUAUGAAGUGUCAGAUAGUGUACCUCAUCUUGAGUGCCUCGCCGAGUUUCAGGAGAACGUGAGGAAGACCAACAAUUUUUCAGCUUUUCUUGCUAAUGUUCGGAAAGCUUUUACUGCAAUGGUUUAUACUGGAUAAGUAAACAAUGCAGUUUGGUGUUUUCCUAUCAUGUAUUUCUUUUCAAAAAGAAUUCUUAUCUGCUCAUCUGUUGUCUGCCUAUGAUCUGGGGGUUUCGUGAUAUUUUUCUGUGGUAUGCAGGUAACCAAAAUGUAUCACCCUGGAACGAACCACUUUGUCAUAAAUAUAUUUGAAGUGAAGAAGAAAGCAAAUCAGAAAAGUU